AUGAAAGCCGAAGGUUCACAUAAUCCAAGUCCUCUAUCAUCCUUCUUCUCUGAUUCGGAAGUCGUCGACCUCAAACUAAAUGAUCAUCAGAUUCUUUCAGCGGAAGUCCUCCAGAGUCUCAAAGAGGCUUGUCUGAAACUCGAGAAACGUAUUGUUGAGGAGGAAGAGGAUAGAAUGUGGAAAAUUAUGGAAGCAGGGAAAGCAGUUUACAGAGAAAAUCAGUGGAGAGGGAGCAGUCCUUCCGGGUGA